AUGAGGGGCAGGUCGGCUCUGAUCUCCCGAGAUGCUGCUCCUGCUCCGAUGCCACCUGGGGCUGCUUCUGGCCCAUCUGCUGCCCCUCCUUCUGCUCCUGGAGCCCACGCGCCCGCACCCCAGGCUUCGAGGCUCUCUAGCUUCAAGCUUACAAAACGGAGGGACUACGUCGCGGUAGACCAGCCGAUGCCCGCGGCGAAGAAGAGGAGGGAGGAAGCGGUGGUGUUGCCCGGGACCAAUUUGCCUGCUGCGGCUACAUCUCCCUCCAUGGAGAAGGGCAGCGUUGGUGCUCACGCCUCUCUGGCUCGAUCAUCCUCGCGAGGCCCGGGGGAGCAUCCUCGGGAGGAGUCAGCCCCCGUGGCCCCGCUGGCUCCGGCGGCGAUGGUGUCUGGUUUGGCUGCCGAGGUCCCGAAAGCUCAUGAGCCCCCAGCCUCCCAAGCUAUGGUAACGAUGCCGCCGCCUCCUCCUCCUGCUGCACCACUAGCUCCAGGUCCUUCCGCCUCCCCUGACGUCUUGGAGCGUGCUCUUUCUGAGAUGACCCGGCUGCGAGAAGAUCUUCAGGGCACCGACCCCCACCUGGUAGCCGGGCGCCUGGAACUAGUCUCUGGCUGGCUUCAUUCUGAUGUGUCCGUUCGGGCGGCGCUGAGCUAG